UAGAGUGAGCUUUGGUGUACCGGACCAGUGUGGUCACAAAGGAACACCUGAAAACAAAAUUGGCGUAAAGAUUACCGUAGUGACAACUGUCAGGAUGAUAUGUUGAGAUUUUUAAUUGUUGCAUUAUUUUCAUCCCAAAAGUGCAAUAGUUUAGUGAUUGGAGUUUGCGUCGUACUGAGAGCUGUUUCUAAUGCCAGAAAAUGUCCGAAAAGACCUCAUGAUGCUGUACAGUUCCACAGCACUGGAAAUUGUAUUACAUGAUGCUGAGCUUCUUAAUUGAUUAGAUAGUGCAUUUGUUUUGCAUGUGCUGUGUGCAUGUGCGUAAAGGGAGAUGGCUUUCCCUUCCAUGAAUGUUUUUUCCCCAAUCCCAUUGCAGCCUGCCAGUUCACUCCCACCGCCACCGCCACGGAGCGUCUUGCUUCGCGCACGCGCCUGUGUGGGGUGCGGGAGCGCGCAGCCAGCAGUCUCAUCGCCGCUGAGUGACUGAGGUGAGGAGCGAGCGAACAAACAGACGAGGAUGAUGCAUUUUUUUUACUCGCUUUUCGCAUAACUCGGGCACCUUCCGUGCCUCACCAUCGGCCUUGUGGGUGAGACGACACUGAUCGGGUGAUCGAUACUCGUCGAUAAUCUUCUACCAGACGGUCUUCUCCGUCGCUUAGGAAGACAAAGAGGAGUCCGGCGGAGGUAAUGUGUGUCGUCUCCAGGGGUCCUCCAUCAUUUUUACAGCGGCCCGACCCCUUUUGCCCACUUUGGACUGUUGGACAGACGCCGGGCAGGAAGCCACUUCUUGUGAGGCAAUGAACAGCUCUUGUGGAGAGUGAGCGGCUGCACGGAAGCAUUGAGCGUGUUGUCAAAGGCAACCGGCCCGGAUCUGCCACCCUCUUCCACUCGUGGCCCCACUGCCGUGUCCUCGCCCCUCUGUGGCCUUCCCAUGUAGGAUGCCUGCCUCGUCCGACGCCCUGCGCCCCCUCCUGCCCGUCACCACCUCCUCCUCCUCCUUGCGUGCGCCCGCUUUUGCCAACAGUUCAUUGCGGCCCCCGAGGCUGUGCCCCGCCCCUCUCCAACAUGGCGGAUGACAUCAUCAACGCCAACACGUUGGCUUGGCUGGUCUGCUCGGGCGUGUCCAUCCUGGCCAACACGUGGAGCAUCCUCAGCGUCAGCGCAAAGCAGAAGAAGUGGAAGCCGCUCGAGUUCCUCAUAUGCACGCUGGCUGGGACGCACAUCCUCAACAUGGCCAUCCCCAUCACAAUGUACUGUGUCAUAACGCUGCGCCGUCAGCACUCCAACUAUGAAUGGAACGAGGGCUUGUGUAAGGUGUUUGUGUCCACCUUCUACACCCUCACCCUGGUCACCUGCUUCUCCGUCACAUCGCUUUCUUAUCACCGCAUGUGGAUGGUACGCUGGCCUGUCAACUACAGGCUAAGCAACACCAAGAAGCAGGCGGUGCACACAGUGAUGGGGAUCUGGAUGGUCUCUUUCAUCCUGUCCACUCUUCCAGCAGUGGGCUGGCACGACACCAUCGACCGCUUCUAUACUUCUGACUGUCGAUUUAUUGUGACAGAGAUUGGCCUGGGGUUUGGGGUUUGCUUCCUGCUCUUGAUUGGAGGUAGCGUGACUAUGGGUGUGAUCUGCAUCGGCAUUGCUCUCUUCCAGACCUUCUCCAUUCAGGCAGGCCACAAAGCGGACAAGAACAAGUUUAACGUCCCCACCAUUGUGGUGGAGGAUGCCCAGGGCAAGCGCAGAUCCUCCAUUGACGGGUCAGAACCUCUUAAGACUUCGCUGCAGAUCACUUACUUGAUCAGCGGUAUUGUCUUCAUCUAUGACUUUCUCACCGGCUUCCCAAUACUGGUGGUGAGCUUUGCCAGUCUGAAGUUCGACCGCUCUUACAACUGGAUGGUUGUGUGUGUGCUUUGGUGCUCCAUUGUGCAGUCCAUCUUGCUGCCCAUGUUCCUUUGGGCUUGUGACCGCUAUCGGGCCGACAUCCGCAUGGUGUGGGACAAGUGCGUGGCCAUCAUGUCCAAUGACGAGGUGGACGAGGAAAACAGCCAAGAUGGAGGAAUUCAUGUCGACUUAAUAUAUGACAGACCAUAUGACUAUAGCUCAGCGCCUGAAAUUGUGACCGUAGACCGUAAUGCCAAGUAUGAGUUCUCAACCUUAGAAAGGGGGGUCCCGCAAGGGUAUCCAAUGAGGGAACAGCAGGAAGAUAAAAUGCAGUAUUUGCAGGUGCCCCCUACAAGAAGAUACUCCCACGACGAAACCGACAUGUGGACCAACGACCGGAUACACCCCUCCUACCUUCACCGUUGGGGCUCCAGCGAGGACAUGAUAGUGAGUGGCCGCUACAGCUCCACCUUGCCGCGCCGCGAGAGGCGCAAGAACAGCCUGGUCUCCUACCACGAGGAGAGCCACCACCACCAUCAUCAUCAGCAGCAACAGCCGCAGCACCUUCAUCGCAAGCGGCGGCGCUCUGAGGACACGUACUCUCUCAAGCACCUGCCGCGCGUGGCGUGCGGUGUCUACGACUACCGCGACGACAAUCCGCGCUGCUUCAGCCGCGACGAGGUCAUCAACUUUAUCGACGAGACGCCGCUGCCGAGCCCCAGAAACAGCCCGCGGCGCGCGUCCUGCACCGUUGCCCUCAUCCCCGACGUGUACGAGCGCCACGCCGUCAUCCUGCCUCACUUUGCGCUCACUGACUUCGAACGCGAGCCUCACGCGCUCAGGCGUCUUUCGGAACACAAAAGCUCGCCCGAUGGGACGAGCUGUCACGGGAGGUCCGGGAAAGGGGGCCGGGAGGUAGGCUCGCCUGCGAGGCUCACCCGACAAAUUCCCCCACCUGCUUGUAGGUCCAAGGCGCGUGCAGCGGACGACUGGUCCCUGCGCAGGCAGCCGAGCUUGGGGGACAGCAAAGGAGGCACAAACAGUUUUGUAAGAACACCCUCGGCAUCCUCUUCGGGAUAUAUCACCUUUCACUCAGAUUCCGGUGGCUCUGCUUCCUGAAACAACAUUUCCCUAUAAAUUGUGACUUUGUCUUUGGUUUCAUCGCGGCCACUCCUUUUUUGAAAUUUGUGCAAUGACUGUUUAACCCUCCUGUUGGACCUGUUUCAUUGGUCCACCAAAAAAUGUUCGUGCUGCAUGUUUAAACCGUAACAAAAUAAUUAAAACACACACACACUUUUGCACACUGACUUCAACUUGAGUGCACAACAACUAAGAAGUUGUGACCAUGUUUAACUCUUCACCCCGGUCAAAAUAAUGACUCCAGCCUUUGGUAAAAGUCUUCUGAAGUGCCACAGCUAUCCAACUAGGAAAAAAAUCCAGCAUUUCUUUUUUGUGCCAUGACUUUUUCUGUUGUUUGAAUGGCAACAGGUUUAACAUAUCUCUUACUAUCUAGUGGAAGAGCAUUUUAUUGUUCUGCCUGGAACAAUAUGCAUUCAUAUAUUGAUGAAUUCUAAUUGAUGGCAAAUCGGGAAUUAAACCACAGCACAGUGACUCCAAACACCCUGCAGUUGAUCUCUGUGUACUCAUUACACUUUUUUUUUUUGUAAACAGGCCUUCCACAUUUGAACACAUUUGAUGACAUUUAACCUCAACAGCUUAAACCCUUUCCAACUGCAACAUUAGCUACUUUUUUAAUAAAGCAGUACAUGGACAAGUACAAAAGUAACUAUUUGUAUGCUGUAAAAACACAAAAAUGGCAUUUGCUACCGCUUUGGCCCCAUCUGAAGAGAAUGUUGUUUCAAAAUUGUCAGUAUUUUUCCUGCCACACUGACAUUCAAAUGAUUUACCACGAUUACUGUUCUACCAAUAGCAUGUCUGUCAGUAUUGACAAGGCAUUGAUUUGCCUAGAGCAUGAGACAAUUACACUCCUUGCCCCUCAGCUUAUAUCGUCUGAGUGGGAACCCAAAUCCUCUACCCAUUGUAUUAUGUAACAUGCCCCCCCCCCCCCCAUUUUACAAUGAAUAAAGACUUCAAAACAAUGGACGCUUAUUAACAAUAUUUGGCUUGCUUUCACGGGCCAUAAAAAAAAUAAUUGAGUGGAAGGACUUGAGUUUGACACCGGUGGUUCACACAACCAAAUCUUGAAAGAUCUUAGAUCCAAACAUAAACAUAAGUUCAAGACACAGAUGAAGUUUUUUCCCUUUUGAAUUCUCCAUAGGUUUAAUCUUUUAUGGAAUAUAACAGGAGGGUUAACAAUCCAUCUGCACAUACUGUAUCUACUCAUGUGUGAUUGUGAAACCGGUGGCUCUUCACCUUUCACAUUCCAGAAGCUUCAUUGAGGACAUGUUUUGUUCCAGCACUUACCACAUAUGUGAAUUCUUUCAAGAUGACAUACACAUCUUCUUUAUGCUCUUUGAUGUUGUUACCUGUAAAAUGCUGAAGAUAUACGGUACAUCGAGGAGCUGGACAUUCUGGAGAUUUUUUUUUCUUGUAUUACUGUACUCCAGCUUUUGUUCCCCGAUAGAUUGUUUCCUGCUCAUAUGCCUGCACAUAAUAAAUUCUCCAGAUUCAUUCUGCUAAUGAUGUUCAACUUGUUCCCAAAUGGUACAAAAACAUUUUUCAUGUUAAGUAAGAGUGGUGGUCCCAAACUCUGUCAAUGAUGUUGGAUGUGAUGCCAUCAAAGGUGAGGGCCCAAAAUUCCUUAUUAUAAAAGGGAAGCCAACUUUUAAAUCAGGUUGGGAAGGUGCCGCCAUUUACAAGAGGGAAUUACAUUUUACACUUGUCUAUUGUGCACUAAUAAUCCAUUUCCAUGUGAAACGUUUAAAAAAUAAAAUGGUCAAACAGCACAGUCGAAACUAUAGCAAUGAAAAGCCAAUCAUUGGAAAUGACGGUUGGAAAAGAAGUUUUAUAACAACAUAUGCAAAGGUAAUGAAUAUCAAGAGUUACAUUAAACCAUUAUCCAAUGGUUGUACGUUCGUCCAUCUUCUGUUUCAAUGAUCAGUUUUCUUGUUUCCUAUAUUAGUGCACAUUUGUCAUUGCAAUAUCAAAUCACAUUCCUCUUUGUUAAAUGUUUGACUUUCUAUUGUAUUUACAAUCUGAAUAUAGAAUUUUGUAUCGUAGUCAAAGAUUCAUGAGCCAAUGAAUGAUGUUUAUGUUAUGAGUUCCUGGACGACGACUUUGUUUGAAAAAGGUUGUGACUGAUUAAAUUUACAAGAUGAUUCAA